UUGACACUGUUGUGCGUGCAGUAGACUAAAUCCCAAAACUCUUGGGCACAUGUCUGGUGAGAGUGAGAUACGGACUAGCCAAUUUCAGGCAAUUUCAUUGUCCAAUUGCUGAUAUUGCAUGCCCCUUUUGUCUUCUGCAAGACCAGACUCAAAACAUGUAUGAUCCUUUGAGACACAACUGACCAAUGCGGAUCCAAAUCCCAGCUAACCGCAAUGGGCUUUCCCUCCUCAUCAAGACACAGACGAUUUGUUCGAAACGUUCGCCUCAUUGUUUCUCAGUUCGGUCCCUUCCUUGCUCUACUCUCUGUCGGCUUAUACCUUCUCUUCAAGGUGGAUGUUUACAUCUAUAGAAGUAGAGCAGCUGCGCGAUACCAGCAUGUACAAUCCCCACCAGAAAAGAUACAGACGACUCCUACUACUUACAAGAAAACCAGCACUUUCAGGAGGACUCUAACCAAUGGUACUUUUGACCGCAAUUUUGAGGUAACGUGGGGAGAUGAAAAUGCUAGUAUACGCAAGAAUGGCGAGCUACUCACUCUUUCCCUUGACAGUGUGUCGGGUUCAGGAUUUCAGUCCAGACAUGAAUAUCUCUUUGGAAGGAUUGAUAUGCAGAUCAAGCUUGUCCCUGGAAAUUCUGCAGGCACUGUCACUACCUAUUAUUUGUCAUCUGAAGCUCAAGCCCAUGAAGGCGACAACCAUGAUGAGAUAGAUUUUGAAUUUUUGGGGAAUUCAAGUGGUGAACCUUACACUCUUCAUACAAAUGUGUUCAGUCAAGGGAAGGGUAAGAGAGAGCAGCAGUUUUUUCUGUGGUUUGACCCUACUGCAGAUUUUCACACCUAUACGAUUGUCUGGAACCCUCAACGGAUUAUCUUCUUAGUGGAUGAUAUACCAAUCAGAGAGUUCAAGAAUGCUGAAUCAAUUGGUGUUCCAUUCCCUAAGGACCAACCAAUGAAAAUAUACUCUAGUCUAUGGAAUGCUGAUGAAUGGGCGACACAGGGUGGACGAGUGAAGACUGACUGGACUCUGGCUCCUUUCAUAGCUUCUUUCCAGAAUUUCAGUGCGGAUGCCUGCAUCUGGGCCUCUGGUGUUUCUUCUUGUGAAAAGAACUCACCGCGGAAAAAGAUGUGGUUCACACAGAAGAUAAACACAGCAGACACGAGGAAAAUGAGAAAAGUGCAGAAGUAUAAUAUGGUAUAUGAUUACUGCAAGGACAAAUGGAGGUUCCCUAAAGGCCCUGCUCCAGAAUGCAGGUUUUGAUACUAAUGUCAAGAAAAAGAUCUACAAUACUUUCACCAGUACAUAAGUUUUUAUGUAACCACAAACAAAUUUCUGUUUUUUUUGUGAAUUCUUUGUCAAACUAAUUUAGACGGAUAGAUUAGGAAAUGAUCAAUGAAACCUAAGUUUGCUACCUAGCAAACUGCACAUUCGGCCUUC